AUGCCUCGCACCACACCCCCCGGCCCCAAUCUCGGCCCCACCAAACCCCGGCCGCCAACCCAGAUCACCGACAGCAGCGAGGCGCUCCUCAGCGGCCGCAAGCCGCCGCUGCGCCUCCUCGUACGCGCCAAGCACCGCGACGGCCGCGCGCUGGCGGUCCGCCCCGCGGUCAGCGAGGGCUUCGUCGUGACCACGCGGCGCACGCGCAACGACGUGAAGGCGGACAUUCCCAGCGUCGACGACCCGAUCAGCAAGAUCAAGCACAUGGGGAAGGAAACUGUCAAGAAGCUGCAGGACCUGCGGAACGCGGCGACGCAGGCGCGCGUCCGGCGGCGCAGCCGCGGCGCGCGGCGGGGCCGGGGCCGCGGCGGCGGCGGCGGCGGCGCCUGCUCGCCCACAGCCGGCACCGAGAUCGUUAUCCCUGAAAACUGCGUGAACAAGGUGCGGGAGUUCCAGGCGCUGGCGCGGCGCGCUGAGCAGGACGGGCACCUGCGGCAGAAGCUGCAGCACGUGCUGAAGCUGUCUCGUGAGAAGUGGGAGGAGGCGAGAGACCACGCGCUGGGGGCGGUGGUGCCCGAUAACGCCAUGAGGGCGUGGUAUGCUGACCGGAGGACGAUGGCCCUUGGGCUGCUGUUCUCCUCCCGCCUGGCGAAGGUCGAGCUUGAGCGCCCUGUGGCGCUCCUGGUGCGCCGCGUGUCGGAAGGCGGGGAGCCGCUCGUCGACGUCGUCCCCUCCGCGCAGCUCACGCCCGAGCAGCGGGAAGCUGUGCGGCAGCUGCAGCCGCAGGCAGUCGCGGGCUGGUGGAGCAGCGGGCACACGGGCUGGACCAUUUUCCCGAUCGACUCGGACCGAUUCGCGGCGGUCGGCGGCGUGCUGCCCCCCAUAUCCCCCGCGGCGCUGGUCGGCGCCCACAACUCGGCGGCGGCGGCGGCAGCCGCCGCCGCGGCGGCUGCGCCGCAGCCGGGGUAUGGCGAGGAUGACGGCGGCGUCGCAGCAGCGGCCGGCACGAGCGCGGGCGCGGGCGCGGGCGCGGGCGCAGCUGGGCUGCCGUCGGCUCAGGAAUUGAUGGCCAUGAUGAAUGCUGGCGCGCUGACUCAGGCGGUGGUGGACCGGGUUGCGGCUGCAGUGCAGGCGGAGACGUGCCCGCCCGACGUCAUGCAGCUGCUGCAGCAGAUGAUGAUGACUACGCAGCAACAGCAGCAGCAACAGCAGCAGCAACAGCAGCAGCAACAGCAGCAGCAACAACAGCAGCAGCUACACUUGCAGCACCAGCAGCAGCAGCAGCAGCAGCAGCAGCAGCAGCAACAGCAGCAGCAGCAGAUGGCGUCAGCCGCCGCGGCGGCGGCUGCCGCGAUGCCCCCGCCGUCGCGC